UAGGACAGUUAACAUUAUAUGGGUUGUCAUCAUCAUCAUAAUGAUAGUUAUAAUGAUAGAUAUGAAUGAAUGUAAUGAUAGCCAUAUCAGUGAUGAUGAAUGGCGGACACAACUGUGCUCUAAUAUGACACGCGAUGGCAACUAUUUAAACAACUUUAAGUCAAUGAAACAAUUGAAACUCAACGACAAUAGUAAUAAAUUCAAUUCAAACUACUAUAUAUUGAACGAUACGGUUAGCUAUCGGAUCCAGAUUACGGCCAAUCAUCAUCAAUCACACGACAUACAGGUGCCCAAACAAGUGUUCAAAUGGGAUCGGAUACCGGAUCCAACUGAUAAACUAAUGGUUACCGACUAUCAGAUUGGCGGUGAAGGCCGGGGAUGGGAUACUAAUUAUAGAUAUAUUAUUAUGUGUCGGACAUAUCAUAGUAUCAAACGUAAAGAUACCUAUACUGAAUGUAUGAGCGAUAAGGCUAGAAAACCCUUGGUAUAUAAGGAUCCGUUAGUUAAAGUCAAUCCAAACGUACUGAUAGUGAUACCGACCGCCCGAUUACCAAACAAUUAUCUGAUGCUAUGGAAUAUAAAGUAUCAAAAGUUUCGGUUCGUUCGGAUCUACAUAACGGCCRCCAAUGAUAUCAAUUUGAAAUCAAUUAACAGUGAAUCUGAAUGCCCGGUGCUUGAAAGCACCGGUAGCACCGAUAGUCGGACACAGGGCGGCUGCAGAGUACCGCAGUUUGUCCGCGAUAUGGCAACCGUUCGCAACAAUCUAAUGGAUCAAUUGUUUCACGUAAUGGACUAUCAGCUCAACGAUCAGGACAUGGGUCAUGUACUAUGGUUUAACAUUAACGGUCGGCCCAUGUAUUGUACGACACCUGAAGGCCGGCCACUAUCCAGACAGUGCCGAUCACAGGCAACACUCAAACCGUUUAUCAGUGAAUGCUUUUCGGUGAUAUCGCCGCCGCCGUCGACUACCCGUAAACCGUUUACCGAUAAAACAACGGCAUCAUCGGAAAACAUGAUGACAGCCACUGACCCGACGAUGAUGUCGAUGACCACUACUACACCGACGGCAGCUGACGACAACACGACUACUAUUAAUCCGUAUAUUAUUUUAUCAGUAGUUUCACUGAUUAUUGUUGUCAUCCUAACGGUUAGUAUCGGUGCAGUUGUUUAUCUGAAUCGUCGAUCAAAUCGGACACCAAAUACACAAAUACCGCCAACCGAUGGACUAUCGGUAACCAAUCGGUCACUAAUACUCGAGUCAAUCCAAACGAUUAAUAGUAAUAGUUAG